GUUGACUAAAUUGACAAUAAUAGAAUUACAGAAGUUUAACCAACGAGAAAGGAGAGUGUUCAAUUGUUCAUACAUAAAACUAGGUCAACGGUUUUGCUUCUUCCCAUCUUUGAUUUCUUUUUUCUUUUUGAAAAUUUCUCUCGCUAAACCCCGAGGAAGAAGGGAUUCUCCUCACUUUCAAAUGGCUACCGCAUCUUCCAAUUUCUCCCACUCUACUCCACCAAAAAUCCCAUUUAUUUCGCAACCCAUAGCUCCAUUAUUAGAAUUUUGGAAGUUCAUCUUCAAAAUUUAUGUUUCAGAGUUAAUUUCAUGGAGCCCUCUUUUCAGAUGAAGCUAAUUUUCGCGUUUCUUAUCUAUCUGUGUCUGGUUACACAGUUCUCUCUAGCCACUCCAGUCCAACUCUGCGAUGAGACAGCUACGUAUGAUAUCAUGGUGAAAGGAGUAGAGAUAUCUCCCAGCCCCAUAGUUCGUGGCCACCCAACAAAUAUGACCUUCAAUCUAAUUAUAGGUAAGCCAAUCAUUGCAGGAAAAAUGGUAGUUGAUAUUUCAUAUUUCGGAUGGCACAUAUAUAGUGACAGCCAUGACAUUUGUGUCGAAACAUCUUGCCCUUAUUCGUUUGGUGAUUUUGCACUCACCCCGUUGCGAACACCUCUCGCAUUCUUUUUUCCUGGGUCAUAUCAUAUGCAGAUAAUGAUUGUUGAUGGAGAUGAUAAUAAACUUACAUGCUUUGGCUUUGAUUAUGAAUUGGUGAUUGCAUCACUAUUUGGAGAUAGCUAAAGAACAUUUAUUUAUUGAUUAGUCAGCUAUUGAUAUUUGUAUAUAUGAACUCUUCUAAAGCUUUUUCAUCUUUAGAUCUUUGUUCCUUGGGCAGACAACUUCUGCAUUAUGUGACCAUUUCAAUAACUUCUUCAAUAGAAUUAGUAGUGAAAAUCGAGUAGAAAAAUCUUGUUUUCUGCA